UUUCUUGGAAAAUUAAGAAAAAAUCCCCUCAUUGCAGCCACGAAUUUUUAUUCAACCAAACGCACUCGUUUCUACGCGUUCGUGCAACAAGCAAUUCCACUAGCGGGAUCGUUUUAAACGCACGGAAACAGAUUCCAUUCGAAUUGAUCCAUUUACCACGGACAGCCAUUGUGAAAAAGUGGAGCUGAGAGCUGCUGAUGACGAGCACCAUCUAUUGAACGUCCGUAAACCAGCCGAGCUGCAUAUUGGCAGACAAAUUUGCAGUGUUCAGUGAAGUACAGUCAAAUCUGUUAGGAUUUAGGUAACAAUAUUUUUGAUAAAAAAGUGUACAACAGGCCUGACGAGAGCUGUAAUCGGAUAUCGCAUAGGCUGCAAAGUGUGUUAAGGUGUGUGUAAGGCGCAGUAAGCUAGUGCAGUGGUAGUGGUGAAUCAAAGAAAGGCCGUGUUGCCAGUUAUUCUACUAUGUGACGUUUGAGCGAUCGAUUCGGGUUUUUUUUGCAGUGUGAUCUUUGUUUUGGUUUUGCUUCGCUCGUCGACCAAAAACAUUAUCGAAUUUCCUAAGAAAGCAUUUUCUAGUGAAAAGUGAGAGCAUAUGCACAUAUGUUUGUCUUGCAUGUAUUAUGUUGAAUUCAUUCACGGUGCUGCUUUGAGUUACAAUGUUCUGAUAAACGAUUUGGCAAAAUGUUCACUGUGAAAUAUUAUGUUCACUAACGGAGAGAAGUAGAGAAAAUAUGGUGCGUCAAUUAGAUGAUUGUUGUUAUUUAAGUUUAAAUUCAUCAACACCAACGACGAUUCGUACUUGAAUGAAGGAAAAUUUCCAAUGUGCGAACGGGUUUGAGUGCUCGUGAAGUGUUGAAAAAGCUGACAAGAAGUGCUAAAAAGAAUACACUGACGCAUGAAAAUAGCAGUUUUCUGUUGUUGGAGUUAUAAAUAAAUUAAAGUGUUAGGAGGGAACCAGCUGACCAACAUCUUUCGUGCUUGCGUUCGAAGAAGUAACUGUCAGGCGGUGUUAUAUUACUUGCUACACCAGAACACGAACUGGAAUUUGAUUGCGAAAAACCAAGUUUUUCACCCGUUCAAUACCAACCCAUCUUUUGUCUCAGAAAAAUAUCUGACCCAAACUUAGGCGAAAAAAAUCGGCUGUGAGGAUAGCUAUCUCGCCAUUAUCGACGCUGCUAUCCUUCGCAAAAUCGAUUAAAUACUCACAGUUUCGGCGGCGCAAAUAGCAUUAAACCGACCGAGAAUAAGAUUUGUGGUAUAAGGGUAUGGUAUAUUUUCUGGGUGAUUGGGGCAUGGGAGAUAUUGAACAUACUACGGCGCAACAUGUCCCUACAAAUUUGCAGCAAGUUAAUUUCCACAACCAUGCCAGUAGCCAUCAGCAACAGCAAUCGCAACAGCAACAUGACCAUCAGCAUCAGCAGUCGCGAUCUGCACAGUAUAACAAUGUUGCCCAACAGCUUCAACUGCAGCAGCAAUCGCCGCAACAUCAGUCCCUUCGUUACGAACGGUCGAAUGUUGCCGGUGCUUUCCAUGUAACGAAGAGUGACAACAUCACCACGUACUUGAAAGAGGUCCAGCAACAGCAACGGGCUCAGCAGUUUGAAGUUCGACAAAAUAACGGAAAACACAUCAACGGUAGCUUUCAACAACACCUACUGCGCACCGGACCUGGAGAUCAUCAUGAACAAGAGCACCACCAUCAACUGCAGACUCUGCCAUUUCACCCCCAUAAUCAACUACAACAGCAAAAGCACCAGCAGCAUUCACACCAUGAUGUCGAAAGCGACGAGGAUGAGAUCGCCCUGUAUCCUCUCAAUAAUCAGGUUGGUGGCCACACGAGGCUUCUGUUACUAAAUCAGAGCACUGUGAUCAAGCCCCUUAACCUUCGAGAACUCGAGUUCUAUCAAAACAUUCCCAGCGAUAUACAGCAGUUUGUUCCAAAGUACAGGGGUGUGAUGCAAGCUACUACUAUGGGUGGUUCUAAGCUUGAAAAACGUUACUCACCCAGCUUCCGGGAUGAUCCUGUACGAAAGACUGCAGCAUCGAAGAGAAAACGUGAAGAAGUGUUACGGAUGAAAAUACAUAAAAAUGGAAUACCUUCCGAAGUGUUAAAAAGUAUUGCACAGAUAGACAACUCUAAUAAACAAUAUUUUUUGAUGCUGGAAAACAUUACUUCCGCUUAUCGAAACCCUUGCAUACUGGACCUGAAGAUGGGUACCCGGCAACACGGUGAUGAUGCGUCGGCUGAAAAACGUAGCAAACAAAUGGCCAAAUGUGCGGCCAGUACCUCCGCGUCGCUAGGAGUACGGCUUUGUGGCAUGCAGGUUUACCAAGCAAAUCUUGAUCAUUACAUGAAGCGGGACAAGUACUGGGGCCGUGAACUCACUGAGGACGGUUUCAAAGGUGCGCUACACAACUUCUUCCAUAAUGGCUACCGGUUACGGGUGAAGGUUAUUGCAAAAGUGUUAGGCAAAUUGGAGCAGUUACGACGUGUUAUCGAGAAACAGUCGAGUUAUCGCUUUUACUCUUGUUCCCUGCUAAUUGUUUAUGAAGGAUUCGAAGAGAUGCCCGUGACUUACAGCGGGGACUAUCAUUUGCUCGAAACGGAAUCAAACUCCUGCUGCUAUGAUGCGGACGCUUCGAACAGCUCAAUCGAGCAGUACCUGUUGUCCUCCUCAAACGAAGAGUCUCCAAUACCGUCGAACAUGACUGCGUCUGUCGAACAACGCCGUACAUCAUCGUCUAUGGCCACGGCAAUAGCAGCAAUGGCAGCGGCAACAAAGGCUACCACACUCUCCACAACAGCAGCAACCACUCUUCACAUGUUGCAACCACCAGUGAUAACUGCUAGUGUCGAUGGUAGUACAAGCAGAGGUAUUUUUGCUGAUCAUCACUUCCGCAGCGUUGUGACGGACAAUGAUAACAACCAGCAAAGACGGAUUAGUCGCAGUAGUAGCCCCGGUCCGCACGAUGUUCUUAUUCCUGAUACCAAGACAGUUCCUUUUGUUCCAAUAUCAGAAGAAACCAUAUAUCCGGGAGGACCCACGGAUGAAGGGUCGUUGUCACCAAGUGAUGCCAUUCCUAUGCCGACGGGGGGAACCUGCCCGGUACAAACGCUCGCUAGUUCCAGUCCACACUCGAUGGACUCGUGGAUGAACUACAGUAGUAACAGUAAUAGCAGCAGCGACGAUUACGCUGCGGCAUUUGUGGUGCCGAAUCAUCUGCAAAGUUCCUCUGUAGUUGAACCGGAUGCUGGCUCUGAUUUUGAAGUUAGCUUUGGUGGGGAAGGCGUUUGUGAUCGAAUCGAAAGUAGAGAACACAGAAUGGGAAGCGCCGGUGUAGUGGAUUUUAGCACUAGUAUUAAGUUCGGCCACAACAAGCUCGCGAACCAGAGCAGCAAUAUUAGUAAUAACAACAGCACACCGAAUGGCAACAAUCCUAGAGAUAGUCACGGUGCAAGGAUGGAGAUGACUGAUGGUGCGCAAAGUGGAGUUGAACAUGGAAGCUCGUUUGAGGAAGGGCAGCAUGACAACUCCGACGCCGGGUAUCACGAAGACGAGGAAGUGGAUGAUGACGAUGAGGAAGAGGGCGAGGUGGACGAUGAGGAGGAUCGACAAUUGCUUCGACAGAAAUUGUUAGCAAGCAACAGUUCCAAGCGACUUCGUGGUAAAGAGAGCGGUUGCACCGGGGGAUCUGUUGGUCCCGCCAACAUUGCCAACAGUAAUAGACCAAACGAUGGUCCCUGCGCCAUACCGUUGCGCCGGAAACUUAGCUCCAAAUCAAAGUCUGGAUCGCUGGGAGGAGGCAUAGGUAGUGGUGCGAGCACCGGAUCAUCUGGAGGGAAUUUGGCGGACGUACGAAUGAUUGAUUUCGCCCACACGACUUUCGAGAUCAAGAAUGGAGGCGCUUCAUUGUGCAGUAGCACAAAUGUUAAGGUACAUCAUGGUCCAGACAGCGGGUUCCUGCGCGGGUUGGAUAGUCUAAAGCGCAUCUUGUCCGAAUUAUGCGAAGAGUACUACUGAAGCUAAAGAAGUUGGGAAAGACAUAAAGUGGGCACAUAGUGCUUGUAUGGACUUGAUGGAGCUGUUGAUAGGUAGUUUAGGAAAUGAAAAAGGAAGUAGAAAUGCUUGUUCUACGGCUCAAGUACAGUUACGUGCAAUUCACGAUAUAACCGGUUAGGAGAUCGUCCGCUACCGAUCACUAAUUCCGAACUCACAUUAUUGUUUUUUGUGAUGUUUUUAGCUCAUACCUUCUAGUUGUUUUACAUUUGAUUGUUUUAAAUUAAAAUCCCUUAAAAUAUUCGUUUAUCAAUUUCUCUUCUGAUAAGAAUGUUAAGAUUAAGAUUGCGUUUUUUUGGUAAAUGAGAAAAAAAAUCCCCAAAACUUUACCGUCAUGGUUCACCAGUUAAUGUUGUACUGCAGAUGUGUACAGAUUGGCAAAAUUGUUGUAUUGCCAUGUCAGGCGAUUAGAACUAGAAUUGAUAUUCAUACUCUCGCCAAUGGUAGCUUGAAUGACGUGAUAGGAAGGUAUAAUAAAGUAGCAAACGGUAAUAGGAGUUAGAAAGGAUCGUGAAUAGCUUUCCCGCUCGCAAGCUAUACGAUACUACAGUGGUACGACGAGCUACAUAUUCGUCGUAACCAGAGUAAAACAAUGGAAUAUAACGGAAAUUAUGAAGGGAUAUUGUGAUACUGUGAAGCAUUUGUUUUGUCAACCCCUCAAAACUCAACAAAAGCCACCAAGCCCCACCCCUAUUAAGUUAAAGUUAGGUUCAAUUCGCUCAAUAUCUUUCGUACGUUUUAAAUGUUAUGUGUCGCAAGUGUCGUAAGCAGUUUCAUGUGUGUAUUUUAGUGAAGAUAAAGGUGGUUUAAACAUGAUAGUUCAAUCUUGGAAAUGUUUUUGUUGUCUCUGGCCUCACUUCAUUUGUAUAAUUGUUUUGUCGUACUCCGGUUUCAUUUACCAUAGGUCUGUGAGUGAUAAUUUUUAUAGCGAUUAAUAAGUAGCUCACCAAACGAUUUUCUACCAUAAUUUUUCUUUUAGUUUGUACUUAUCCUGCAGGUUCAAUUGUUGAAGGAAUUAAUUUGAACGAACUGGUACAUCUAUUCCUGUCUAUGUAGGGACGAGAAGCUUCGAAUUUAUUGGCCCCUGAACCGUGAACUUUAACACAUUGGGUACAGAACUCAACACGGUUAUGUAGUGCAAGGUAGCAAGUCGUCCAAGACACGCAUACACAUACACCUGUAGUACAAUCAGCAACAGUCGACUUAGGUUCUGUUAAAUGUCAACUUGUUUAUCGGCCAAUGGUAUAUGGUUUAGCGUUAAAGACAGGUUUGACAAACAAAUCAAAUAGUCCCUCCAGUUGUUAUCCAAAGAGAUUGACCAGCAUCUUCAGGAAAGGAAAAGCAUUCUAACUAAUUCAUCAGGAUUGUCAUUCAGGAUCAGGAUUGUCAAAUUCAUCAGGAUAGAAUCCUUUUGGCAGGUGAGAUAGUUCCGGUUAAACAAAAAUGUCGCUAAUAUGUUAGAUUGGACCAUUUGCCUAUCCUUUCCUUUCACGUUAGUCAGUAUUAUUAUAUCUGCUGGGUAUGGUAAACUGUUGUGAGUAGAUCUCGUUAUCUUGGUAUUUAACAAAGAUAUCCUUGCUCUUAUGCAGGAAACCCGUAGAUUUGCACAAAAUAAAUUGUAUUUUUGAACAAAAAAUGCUGCAAAUAACAGAUAAAUGAGUGGACGUACGUUAUACAAACGUAUCUUUAAAUACAAAAAAAAAACACCGACCUACAAACUCCAUUUAUACUUCAUAAUAUUUCUUACAAUGAAAUUGUUUUUACUUCCAUUAAC